AAGCUCUGAGUAAGUUUAAUAAGAUUGGAAAAAACUCUAAACCACCUCCAGUCCCCAAAACCCUACCAUACCCAAGUUGGCCUGUAAUCCUCUGUGGGAGGGGGGAAGCCCCACUUGUCAUUGGAAAUCAGCAGUGCAAGAUACAGAAUGUUUUUCUCUCUAAUCCCUUCAAGGUACAAGGUAGGACACCUGGAAGGCUAAGGCAGAAGCCUUUGUUGUGUUUGCUUCUCCUUUGUAUCCAGUUAACCACUCAUGUGGCAUUGAAUGAAUGAGUGGUUGUUUCUUGCAAGCCUGCUGCGGGCCCAGCCUCAUCUUAGGCAUUGGACAUGUGCAGCAAGCUGGAUUUGUGCUACUUUGCUGCACAGUUGGCCUGUUAACAAGUAAUGCCUAGGGAAGGGGGUGUUGUCUUCAAGGUGCACACAGCCUAAACUUAGGUGAAGAUAGGAGUGAGAAAAGUACACAAUGAAAUUAAGGAUAAGAGAGGAAAUGGUCAAGUACUGGGGGAGUGCACAGGAAGAUGGAUUAACUGACUCCUCUUCAAAGAUCUUGCAGCAGUGGAACCAUUUCAGUUGGGUCCUAAAAGGUGAGCAGGAUUUCUUAAGAAGAGAAAGGGGGACAGGAUGUUCCAGGCUGCAGAAACCAGUCAUCAGAAGUGUUAUAAAUGUGAAGACAGGUAUUAAUUGGAUAAAGUCUAAGAAGUCAUGGAAUCAUGAAGUUAGAAAUGAUCUAAGUGGUUACAUCUCACCACUCCCAGCCAGGGGAUUCUGGAUAAGUUACAAUGUGUCCAGCCUUGGCCAUAGAAAAACAACCUCAAGGCUUAAAUAAUAUGAUAUGGGGAAUUUAUUGGUUCACAGAUCUCAAAUAUAUGGAGAUAGCCCAGGCUUCAGACAUAGUUUGAUAAAGGCUCUUGGUAGCAGAAUGGCUGCUGAGUGUCAGCUCUUAGGCUGACGUGUCAUACAUUCUGGAAGAGGAGAUACUCCCUUUCCUCCUACUGUCAAAAAAAGUCUUUGAGUUCACUCUGAUUGGCCCAAUUUUGGACACAUGCUCAGCCUCCUCCCAAGCCGUUCUCUGCCAGAGGAACACCAUUUGCUGAUUGGCCUGGGCUCUGGUCCCUGCCUAUGGCUGUGGCAAGGGGGCCAGGUGUGGGCUGAUUGGAUUAGGCCAAUCAGAGCCCAUUGCUAAAAUCUGGGCUUGAAGCCAAUAGGACGUGGCCAUGUCAGUGGGUGGGACAAUGGUGGGAAUAAGGGGAAGGGUGCUGCAGAGGCGGCCCACGCUGUCCACAUGCAGAGGCUCGCUACAGAAGCUACAGAAGCUAUAGAAGAAGAUGGUUACAUUUCAAGUGGGCAGGUGCCGUUUGCUUAUGAGCACCAUCAGCCACAUCAGCCACGGUUCUUUGAAUUUUACCUAAUUGUCUCUAAUUCUUAACAAUUCUUUGAGGUAAGUGUUCUCCAACAAUUUCCAGUUGAGCAAACUGAGACUCAGAGAAAAUAACUUGACCAGAGCUACACACCUGAGAAUGGCUGAAUCAGAACUGGAAAUGGCAGCCUCUGUUUCCAGAGACUGGGUUGUCUCCAUUAUAUCGUGGCACUUGAGCAGGCAGCUACAGCUCCAUUUGGGAAGCUCUGUUGGUUAGGACUGGGCAGGGGAGGCUUGUGUAGCCCUGUGGUUAGGACUGGUGUGUGGGUGGCGGUGUGUGUGUGUGUGUUUGGUUUGGUUUGUCUGUUUAAUAACGUAAAGCCAAACCUGCCUCCUAGUGAUUCCUCUGCGUUUAUUCUAGUUCUGAGGUAUGGAGCGGUGAUUCUCAAACCCAGCAGAGCGUUAUAAAAAUACAGUUUUCUGGCCUCCAUGCCGGAUCCGCUGAAGCAGAGUCUGUGAGUGGGACUGUAGAAACUGGAUUUUCUUUUUUCUUUUUAAGUUUCAGAGAUGAUUCUCCAGUACAAACAGGUUUGGAGAACUCCUGCUUUAGAAUACAACGAAGCUGUUCUGUCUUCCACGUUACAAACCCUCAGAUGUUUAAGACUGGGGUCACACAUGAGCCUUUGCUUCAGGCUCCAGUGUGGUGCUUAAGUGCCGGGACUUUGGAAUCAGAAAGACUGAGUUCAAAUUCCGUCUCCACUGUUGAUAAGUCGUGUGCCUUGGGUAAAUCUCUUAAUAUUGCUAAGUCUUAGUUUUCAUAUUUAUAAAGUGGGAAUAAUCAAUUUAAAUUAAAAAUCGUUGUGAGGAAUAAGUUAAGAAAACGUGAAGUUCUUAGCGUGAAGCUGGAAGAACAUGGAAAAGUUUCAGUGGAUAUCACCUGUUACUAAUGAUUGUUAAACCUCCCUGGCUCUGGCUUCUUUAGUUCGUUUCAAUUGUUUUUUUUUAGAUCUUUUUUACCUCUAAUUUUUGGUGUUUGCUAAUUUAUCUCAAAACAGUAAUGGUGUGUGGGGGGGAGAGGCUGGCAUAAAAUUCUAGACAUCUGACUACAUCAGUCAACAGCAGAGCUAUAGCUUCCUGUGGUCUGAGUGUGACAUUUCUCUGGGUGCAGAUAUCCUCUGGGUAUUAAACAUCUUAGAAUUUCCCAUCCUUGUUUAAGUCCUUUUCUCCUGGGAAAUUGAUCAGUGGCUGAUUAUGGGAACAUCUGGAUUCUUCAAGAAUUUUUGGACGUUCUGCAACUUGGUUUCAAGCCUAAGCUGUGUUUGGAGGCAUGAAUAUGAGUUGGUUUCAUCAUAAAAGUGUGUUGAUUCCAAGACUGCUGUGAUCCGUUUUAUCUCGCAUGGAUCUGUCAGCGUUUUCCUAUUCAUCCGCAAGUGGUGACUCAUUUAAAAUGAGGUAUGCUCUCCAGCAGGGAGCCAAGUUGUUCCACAACAUGUACAUUGACAUUUACAUAAAAUGCAAAUACGUUCAUCAAGUUUUACUUAUAUUUGUCUCUGGAUUUUCAAAUACAUGUUUAUUUGCUGUAUCCACCUCUACCAGUUUUCUUUAAAAAUACUUGUAAGGCACGAUUUUAACUACUUGAAGCUUGAUGAAGGUUGUAUACAGCCUGUUUCAAUGCACUUAGCAUAUUCUCUUUGAUGAUGACCCGUUCUUGCCAGCCUUGCAUGUGGGCGUGGGUGGGUCACCUUUAGGCUGGAACAACCGAGAGUGGAGACAUGGAGACUUCCUGUUCUUUGAUAACGUACAGGGUGGGCUUUUCAGGGCAGUAAAACCGUCACUGAAGACCGUGAAAAUGCCCAAAUGCUACAUGUUCCAGUCAGCUAGUUGAGGCAUUUAUUACUGGCCUUAAAAUGUUAUGUAAUUUUGUUUAUGGCAUCAUAAUAGUAUAAAAGCAGCUGGGCUCACUAGGGGGCUGUGUGAGUAAUCUAUAAAACUUGGACCAGCUACAGGAAUAACAGCACAGUUGCAUACAGCAAAAAUGUAUUUGGGAGUAGCUGUCUUUUAUUGAAAUGGUAGAGAACAAACUGAGGUACAGAAAAUGUAAAACUCUCAAGUAUCUGCUUCCCUCAGCUCCCUUCAUUCUUCUAAUGACUAGAAAAGAAACACUGUUGUAAUGAGAAAACUUCUCCAGAAAAUCUUCCAACAGGUUCCUAACAUCCCCAAACUGAAUUUCAGUGGGUCCUCUUUCAGUUCCUUGAAGAAACGAAGUAAACAAGAGAUGAAACAUGUUAAAGUUGAGAUGAAAUAAAUGUGAUGUUAGUUAUCUAAAAUUCUGUAGGAGGAGAAUUAAACGCUAAAAACGAUCCUAAAAUGUUUGGUAGACUCGCUUACUCUACUGCCAGGGGAGUGUGUUUCCUUGUUCAGAAUCACUGAUGUAUGUUGUAUAAAAGUACUUUUUAGUAGGGCUCCUAUUUUGAGCCAGGUAUUAUCAGCACUAGGAAUUCAAGGAUUUACCUUUGAAUGGCGCAGUGUUAGGCUUGGAAACAGGUAAUUGCUGUAAUGGAGGCAGGUUUCAAGUGGAAUGAGAGCCAGAAAGGAGUCCAAAGUCAAGAAUAUUUGGGAAGGUUUUGGAAAGAACAUGUUGGUGCAGGGAUUUUAAUAAUUUUCCAAGCAGAGGGAAUAAAAUAUAUAGAAGUUUUCCGUUGUAAGAGAGCAUGCCACAUUCAAAGAUAUCAUUAACUAGUUUUUGGUGUUAUUGUAGCUUAAAAUAUGAGAAGGAGGUGACUAGAAAUGCAGUUAAGAAAGGGAAGAACCAAGUAUUAUGAUGUUGACCCAAGUUGGAGCAACAGUCUUGGAGACGGGAAUAAGGGAGCAGAUUUGAGACAGAGUUAAGAGGUGGAUUGGACCCACCUCUUAAUUGUGAUUGUGCUUGAGACGUAAGGACAUGUUUUUCCUUAAGGACAUAAAGGUGGUUUGCAUGAGUGAGCAGUUGGAGGAGCCAUUUUGUUAGGUAAAAAAUAAAGGAAGGGGAACAGGAACAAGGUAGAAAUUAAUGGGUUCACUUUUAAGUAUUGAUAACUUUGAGAUGCCUGUUGGACAAAUAGAAUUGUCUGAUUGAUGAUCAUUCUAUGUAGUUGAAGUUUAGGAGAGAAGUCCAGAUUUGAGAGCCAUUAGGAUAUAGAUUAUAGGUGAAAGACAGGCAUGGAUGAGAACUCUCAGGCAAAAUGUAUGGCAUCAGAAGAUGAGAGCCAAGGACAGGUCCCAAGGGAUCCCCAGUACUUAUAGGGAUGGUGAAAAGCAGAUAUUCCAGGACGGGAGACCAAAAGGGAGGCAGUGAAGGAGGUGGUAGGAGAUCCAGGAUAGGGAGAGGUUAUAAAAUCCAAGGGAGGAGGGAAUGCUGUGUGGUCAGGUGAGCGAUGGUAGGUAAGGCAGAGAGUCAAACAGGGACUUAAGAAGUAUCCAUUGGCCUGGAAACUGUUAAGUUCAUGUGGGGUCGUGAGAUGUGCACAUUCAGCAGAGUUGAGAGGGCAAAUAGAUUACAGAGCAAGGAGAAGUCGGAUGGAAGUGGUGUAUGGAGAACAUUCUCUUAAGAACCUACAUGUGUACAGAAGGAAAGAGAAAUACACUGCAUUCCCAGGGAGGUCAGGGAGACUUUUGUUUAUGUUUUAAGAUGACAAAUUUGAACAUGUUUAUAUGCUUAGGGAAAGAAGCAAUAUGAAAGGAGAGACUCAAAAAUGUAGGAUGAGAGGAUAAUCAGUGUAGCAGGUCUUAGAUUAGUUGUUCUCAGAGUCUGCUCUGGGAUCAUAAAACAUCACCUGGAAAUUGUUAGCAAAGUAAAUUACCAGUCCUUACUUCAGAUUACUCAAUUAGAAACUCUGGGUUUGGAGCCCAGCAGCCUGUGUUUCAAUGAGCCUUCUGGGUGAUUCUCACGCACACUCAAGCUGGAGAGCUCCUGUCCUAGAUGAAGAGGGACGGCGGGAUCCAGGGCCCAGGUGAUCUGCAACUCUUUCACCAUCUGUAAUGCGGAGAUGCAGGAAGUUGGUGUUGGCCUAUAUCCCAGUAUCUCUUUGCUCAAUCACAGCUGUGACCCCAACUGUUCGAUUGUGUUUAAUGGGCCCCACCUCUUACUGCGAGCAGUCCGAGACAUCGAGGUGGGAGAGGAGCUCACCAUCUGCUACCUGGAUAUGCUGAUGACCAGUGAGGAGCGCCGGAAGCAGCUGAGGGACCAGUACUGCUUUGAAUGUGACUGUUUCCGUUGCCAAACCCAGGACAAGGAUGCUGAUAUGCUAACUGGUGAUGAGCAAGUAUGGAAGGAAGUUCAAGAAUCCCUGAAAAAAAUUGAAGAACUGAAGGCACACUGGAAGUGGGAGCAGGUUCUGGCCAUGUGCCAGGCGAUCAUAAGCAGCAAUUCUGAACGGCUUCCCGAUAUCAACAUCUACCAGCUGAAGGUGCUCGACUGUGCCAUGGAUGCCUGCAUCAACCUCGGCCUGUUGGAGGAAGCCUUGUUCUAUGCUACUCGGACCAUGGAGCCAUACAGGAUUUUUUUCCCAGGAAACCAUCCCGUCAGAGGGGUUCAAGUGAUGAAAGUUGGCAAACUGCAGCUACAUCAAGGCAUGUUUCCCCAAGCAAUGAAGAAUCUGAGACUGGCUUUUGAUAUUAUGAGAGUGACACAUGGCAGAGAACACAGCCUGAUUGAAGAUUUGAUUCUACUUUUAGAAGAAUGCGACGCCAACAUCAGAGCAUCCUAAGGGAACGCAGUCAGAGGGAAAUACGGCGUGUGUCUUUGUUGAAUGCCUUAUUGAGGUCACACACUCUAUGCUUUGUUAGCUGUGUGAACCUCUCCUAUUGGAAAUUCUGUUCCGUGUUUGUGUAGGUAAAUAAAGGCAGACAUGGUUUGCAAACCACAAGAAUCAUUAGUUGUAGAGAAGCACGAUUAUAAUAAAUUCAAAACAUUUGGUUGAGGA